UCAAAUAUUGAUAUUAACAUCGAUAAUAUUGGUAUUACGAAUUCUUAUUUGCAUUUGAAUCUGACUGGGUUGUCGGGCAUAAGUGAUGAUGAAUUUGUCAACUCGUUAGAAUCAAGAAAAUGCUUGGUUAUAUGCUCUGGGCCUUUUUUUGCACUUUUUUAUUUUAUCAGGCGCAACUUUAAAGAUGAGAUCAUUGAAUUGCCUAUUAUCCACCAGUCUGUUAGAAUGCAAUUAUCUACGAAAUUGAAAUACCUCAUCUAUGAUGCUGGUAAACUGUCUUUGCGUUCGCUACCAUUAUAUUUGAUCAUUUAUAUCAUAUUUGGUUACAAGGCACUAGAGUUUUGGAGCAUUCUGUUUGAUGCCGAGAAUAACUUUGACAUCCUUUAUUGUUUAGAAAAAUACAUCAUUGUAUAUUUAUUCACAUUUGGUACAUGCUUUUACUUUACAUUGUUAAUUAUACAUGAGCUGUUCAUAUUAAAUCUAAUGCAACCGAUGGAAUUUGCUAUUGAUCCAGAAAAUAAUGUGGAUAAUGAUAUGCUAUUGAAAGAUGCACUUAAGUCUAAGAUUCCUUUAAUCAGAAUGUUGGCUUUCCAAGAUUUAUAUAUUUUAACAGAGAGAGUUCCUGAAAGAAGGAAAGAAAUAUUUGCUAUAACUUUUCCUGGAGGCCAAGGCAAAAACUGGAAUGAAAUCUCAGGGGAAUGUAAAUCUGUACUCGAAAAAUUCAUUGAUGGCUUAAUGAAAACAUAUCCAAAAAUGACAUCAUCAAAGUUAUCAGUUGAUUACAAUUCUCCUAGAAAUCGCAGAGUGAAUUUAGAGCAAUUACUAGAAACAGUUAACUAUAGAGCUUAUCCUAAGGAGGUCUUGAAUGAAGAAGAAGUAAAAGAAACAGAACCAACUUUUAAGGAAAUUAUUGUAAAAAAGGUCACGAAUAACCCAUUCGUAGCUUAUUUAUUUGGAAAUAGCAGUUUACUGGAACUCAGAAGAAUUAUUGCAGAAUGCCAAGUGGUUAUGUGGGUAAAUCUCAGUUUAACAAUGCUUCUCAAAAUGUCUCUUGUUGAAGAUCAAUAUGGAGUCACACAGAAUGAUGUACCAAAGAUUUUGGAACUUAUGCUGAAAUUACAAGAUUCUUUAACAUUAAUAAAUAAAAUACAACUUUAUAAAAUGCUGAAAGAAAAAGAUGAUUUGUUUGUAACAUUGACAACUUCUCUAGAAGUAAACAUUCGAUCUUGCAUUUAUAUUCUGAAUCACAUCUACAAACCGUACUUUCCUAAAAUGCAAUUAGAAAAUGAUAUUAAAGAAAAAUUGUCUUAUUAUAACAUGUAA